AUGUCCAGACCAAAAGUCUUCUUUGAUAUUACCAUUGGAAACAACCCAGCAGGUAGAGUUGUGAUGGAAUUGUUCAACGAUGUAGUUCCAAAGACUGCUGAGAACUUUAGAGCCUUGUGCACUGGUGAGAAGGGAUUCGGAUACAAGGGAUCUAUCUUCCAUAGAGUCAUCAAGCAAUUCAUGAUUCAAGGAGGUGACUUUACCAACUUCAAUGGUACUGGUGGUAAGUCCAUCUACGGAACCAAAUUCGAAGAUGAGAACUUUAAGAUCAAGCACACUGAGCCUGGUUUGUUGUCUAUGGCCAAUGCUGGUAAGAACACCAACGGUUCUCAAUUCUUCAUUACCACUGUUCCAUGCCCAUGGUUGGAUGGUAAGCACGUUGUCUUUGGAAAGGUUGUUGAAGGAAUGGAAAUUGUUACUCAAAUUGAGAACUCAAAGACCAACCCAAAUGAUAAACCACUCCAAGAAGUUAAGGUUGCUGAUUGUGGUCAAUUGUAA